CUCUGUCUGAUAAACCUUCAAAAUAUUGCAUCUCUGAUAAUAUGUCUCUAUUCCUUCUUCUUCUUCUUCUUCUUCUUUGUCUUUCUCUGCAUGCAUGCGGUGCCAGACCUUUUGGAGUUGUUGAUAUAGAAAGAAUUGUUACAGGGCUUCAGCUUCCUCACAAGAAUAUUGAGCCUUCGAGAGCUGAAGGUCUAAAAGUCCAAGAACCAUCGGGGGCUAGAAUUGACAAAAGACUGAGUCUACCCGAUUGGGGUGGUGCAAACACAAUCCAGGAGAAGAAUUCUCAGACAGUAGGGAAAGAAAAUGAAGAUGAUAAAGGAUAUAGUGUUCUGCUACCAUCACCUCAAAAGGAUCUCCAUGAGACAUCAGAAUUGGAGGAUCAGGAGAGGAGAGCUCGAUCGAUAAUGGAAUCACCAACAGCCAAAGCAGAGGAGACUGUGGAUUCUAUGGAAAAUGACAAGGGGGAGGACAUAGUGGUCAUGGAUUAUGCACAGCCCCAUCGCAAACCACCCAUCCAUAACAGAAGACCCUAAAACAAAAUCAAUCUCUCUUCACUCAAUAAUUUUCUUCUGUUUUGACCUUUCUUAUUUUUCUUAUUCCCUCUCCUCGGGGAUAAAAUAUGUCGGUUGCACCCGAG